CCAGCACUGAACUAAUCAAUAUUAAUAGCGAUGGGCUUGGGAGGGGGGAGGAGGGGAGAGGAGAGGAGGGAUUACCCUGACCUUUUUCAACUCACACUGCCUCAGACGGCCACCAAGCAGCUGAGGAGAGAGCAGCCAGACGGACCCAUCAUGUCCGACAAACCAGAUUUUGCAGAAAUCGAAACGUUUGACAAGACCAAGCUGAAGAAGACAGAAACCAGAGAGAAAAACCCAUUGCCCACUAAAGAGACUAUUGAACAGGAAAAGCAAAGCGAAAGUACAGCCUGAGUGUGAAGUUGAAGAUGUGACUGCUGCUUCUUCAGUGGGGUUUUGGCUUCUGAGUUGGGUUGUUGUUUUGUUUUGUCCUCCCCCCACCACUCCUUGUUUGUCUCCCAUUUGUUUAAGGAAACGUUUGUUCAUUUAAUGUUCCCUGGAGAAGUUUGGUUUGUGUUUGUUGAAGAAGAUACUGUGUGUUUGUGUUCUUAAAACUGUAAUUCCAAGUUCUGUAUCCACCCCAUUACUUGCCAAAAAAAAAAAAGCAAUUUGCAUAGAAAUUGUUUUCCUAAGCCUCACAAUAAACAGGUUUCUUCUGA